AGCAUUUGUACCGCCAAGCCCAGACAGCGGCGCCUCGAUGGGUCCCCUGGCGCCCAUGGCGGCCAUGUUGGGCGCCGCACGCGAGGCCGCAUGGCACCGAAGGCAGCGAAGGCACCAGCACUAAGGCCUGCUGCGGCUGCUGUUCCUGGUGCCAGUGUAGCACGACCACCAGCAUCUGCGCCAAGGCCUGUGGCGGCUGCUUUUCCUGGUGCCAGUGGUGCCAGUGCUGCACGACCACCAGCAUCUGCGCCAAGGCCUCCAGCGCGGCCGCCAUCACAGCAGGAGUUAGACGAGGCUGCAGCGAAGAUCCAGGCCACCCUGCGCGGCCAGCAGGAGAGGCGGAGAUUGGCCGAGGCGAAGGCCGCUGGAGCUGCUCCCAGAGCAAAGACUGCACCGGUAGCGAAGGCGAAUGUUGCCGGACCUGCUGCUGGAACACAACGUGCUGCGAAGACCCCUGGUGCAGUCGGUGGAGCAAAGCCUACGCCUGCAGCGGCGCCAGCAGCAAAUGCGAAUGUUGCUGGACCUGCUGCUGGAGCACAGCGGACAGCGAAGAACCCUGGCGUAGUUGCGGGAGCACAGCCUGCGUCGGCACCGGCACCCAAAGCUGUUGCGUUUGCUGUUCCUGGUGCCAGUGUCGCACGACCACCAGCAUCUGCGCCAAGGCCUCCAGCGCGGCCACCAUCACAGCAGGAGUUAGACGAGGCUGCAGCGAAGAUCCAGGCUACCCUGCGCGGCCAGCAGGAGAGGCGGAGACUGGCCGAGGCGAAGGCCGCUGGAGCUGUUCCCGGAGCCAGAGCAGCGCCCAAAGCCCAAGCUGGACCCAAAGCUGUUCCUGGCGCCAAGACAGCAGGGCGAGCGCCACCUCCCAGGACCCAAGCUUCACCCAAAGCUGGUCCUGGCGCUAAGAUAGCAGGCCCACCACCAGCACAACGACCACCAUCAGCACGAUCGGGUGGCGCAGCGGCGAAAGCCUCUGCGCCAAGGCCUUCAGCGCGGCCGCCGUCACAGCAGGAGUUAGACGAGGCUGCAGCGAAGAUCCAGGCUACCCUGCGCGGCCAGCAGGAGAGGCGGAGAUUGGCCGAGGCGAAGGCCGCUGGAGCUGUUCCCGGAGCCAAGGCAGCACCCAAAGCCCAAGCUGGACCCAAAGCUGUUCCUGGCGCCAAAACGUCAGGGCGGCCACCAUCACCCAAAGCCCAAGUUGCACCCAAAGCUGGUCCUGCCAGAACCCAAGCUUCAUUCAAAGCUGGUCCUGGCGCCAGGCCAGCAGGGCCGUCACCAGCAGUGCGAGCUGGGACGGGGGGCGUUGGAGCUGGAGGCAGAGGCGCGCCAAAGGCGAGAGUGCCAGCACCAGCACGGAAGUUGUCGCCUCAGGAGCUGCGGGAGCGGGAAGAAGCCGCACGGAAGAUCCAGGCCACGUUGAGGCGGAGGCAGGAAGCGGGACAGGCGGCACCCCGUGCCAAAGCUGCACCCAAAUCCGGCCCGGGAGCCAGGCCACCAGUGGCAGCUCGAGCCGGAACCGGAACGGGGCGCACUGGAGCUGGAGCGCAGGGCCAGUCGAAGGGUGCGGGAGCGGCGCGCCCAGGAGAUGCCGCAGCGCAGGGCGGUGGCGGCCAUGCAAAAGCAUCACAGCCGGGGUUGCAAGAUGAGGCGCCCGAGCCACGCGCACCCAAGGUGCCGGAUAUUGUGGUCGGGGUGCGCUGCACGUUCAUGGUGCAGAACAUUGACAUGGAACAGCUCGAGCAGACAGUGAGAAUUUGGAAGGACUUCGUCGAGAAGGUGAAGCAGGCAGUGGCCACAGAGUCCAGAAACGGGAUCACUACCGACGAUGUAGAAGUGCACAUUUCGGACGAUUACCUCAUGGCGGAAGUGUUCGUGUUACCUUCCAACACCUCCAAAGCUAAGCCAGCGAAGGCUACCCUUGCAUCUUCGCCUACCCUCGGCGCCUCCUUGCUCAAGCGUGUGGCCUCUGUCUACGGCAUAGACAGCGUGUCCGAGGGACCUCUCAAGGUAGAGGGUGUUAGCGUGGUCGCGCUGACGGCCUCGGUCUUCGAGUUUGUGGGCGAGGACCAGACAUUCGACACAUCGGGCUUCACUUCUUUUAAGGUGACGGUGUGGGGCGCUGGUGGUGGGCGCGACAUGGGGGGAGGCGCUGGCGGCUCAGGAGGAUACGCGCAAGCAGUGCUGACGCUGCCAGCCGGUACCCAGUACCUGACGGUCAUUGUGGGGCAGGGCGGUGGCGCCGCAGACAGAGGAACCCAGGCGGCGUACGGCGGAGGGGGCCGGAGCGGGCCGGGCGGCCCGAACAGCUCGGGAGGCGGAGGCGGCAGGUCAGCCGUCGCGCUGGACGGCGAGGACAUUCUCACCGCUGGCGGCGGCGGAGGCGGCGGCUGGGACGAGGCCGCCCCCCUGGCUGUCACAGGAG